UUCGGCAAACAGCUAGGGCUGACAUCGGUCAAAGAGGUCAAGUUCCGGAUUCCAGCGAUCGAGGGAGUCACAAGAGCAACGGCACUAGUCACGCUGACUAGUCAAAAAGAGACAAAAAAGCCUGCGAGGAGGGGGUUGUUUGGCGGGCCCAGAUGCUCAACUGUGAGCCGUACUGGCUUGCGCUGCAGGCCAGCCAAUGCUACAAGUGCUGGAGUUGGGGGCAUACCCAACGGUUCUGCAAGAAGUCUGCGCUGUGCCCGCGAUGCGGUACAGCGGCCCACGUGGGAGAGCGGGAGGGGCGGGGAAGGUCCAAUACCCAACCCGUGGCAACGAGAUUCCUCUCUUCUGUCCAUGUUGUUCAGGGAGGCACCCGGUCUGGGUACGGUGGUGCCCGGAAGCAGUUAAAGUCCGGGGUGCAGCGAGGGAGGCAUGCCAUUUCCGGCCCCAGAUCUUUGAGCUUGCCUUGCAGCAAUAACAACAACAACAGCAACUCUUACCGAAAAUGCGACAUGUUAGUUUCCGGGGCGCGAACACCAUGGAGGAGGCCGACGAUGGCUUCCAAGAAGCAGGAAAAAGGAAGAGACUUCGGGGUCGACCCCCCAAUUUUCACAUAGCCCAGGAGGAGGCUACAGCGAAUUUGCGGCAAGGAAAGCUGACCUUUGCGACGAGGGUCAAUACAGAUCUGACCGGACGCCAAGGAGAGCGCGACAGGCCCGGAGGUUACGGCUUCAGGGGCUGCAUCUACUCUGGAGGCAGGCGACCAGGAU